UCUUGGAUCGAACACAGUCAUGAAGCUGAUACAAAGGCCAUCCAUUAAUCUCCUGCUCUUGGGUUUUGUCUUAAUGCAGUUGGCCCAAUCUUCCAGUACCACCAGCUUUACCGAUCAAGCAGCUCUCAUUGCCUUCAAAUCUGAACUCACUUCCGGUCCAAACCAAACUGUCUUGUCUGGUAACUGGUCCACAACUACAAGCUUCUGCAAUUGGAUUGGGGUUUCAUGUAGCCGACGCAGACAAAGAGUCACCGCUUUGAACCUUUCCUACAUGGGGCUCCAAGGCACCAUUUCUCCCCAUAUUGGUAACCUCUCUUUCCUGGUUUAUCUUGAUCUACGCAACAAUAGCUUCUUUGGUUCUUUGCCUCAUGAGAUCAGUCGCCUACAACGUUUGAGAAUACUCUGGUUGGCAUACAACCAAUUGAAAGGUGGCAUCCCUCCAACUUUGCAAAAUUGUCGAAAUCUUCGAGAAAUUCAUCUAAAGAGUAACCAUCUUACGGGUGCAAUUCCAUCGUCCCUCGGCAAUAUUUCAUCGUUAGAGCACUUGAAUUUGGAACGCAAUAGCCUCACUGGUCUAUUUCCUUUUCUCAUCUUGAACAUAUCCUCUCUAACCAAAAUUCUUAUUUUUGGAAAUCACAUCUCAGGAACUCUUCCAAUGGAUCUCUGCAGUCGUUGUCCUAAUCUUCAAUAUCUUUACUUUCCGUACAAUGAAUUCAGUGCUCGGCUCCCUUCACAAAUGAAUCACUGUAGAGAGCUUGUAGCCUUAUCCCUAUCGUACAAUAAAUUUGAUGGGAGUAUUCCAAAAAGUUAUGGAAGUUUAGAAAAGCUUGAAUUCCUAUAUCUUGGAGGGAACGAACUAACUGGUAAUAUACCUCCUACCAUAACUAACUUGUCUGCGUUAAUUGAGUUUGCCAUUGAAGAGAAUAACAUUAAAGGAAGCAUUCCCAAUGAUUUAUGGCGUCUUCCAAAUGUAAAUACCUUAAAUUUUGCAUCAAAUAAUCUUACGGGAGCAAUUCCCGAAACAAUUUUCAACAUGUCAUCUCUACAAGAAAUCUACUUGGUGCAAAAUUCCUUGUCUGGAAAUAUUCCAUUUGAGACUGAGCUUCCUUGCCCUAAUCUGAAAAUUUGGGCUAGCGGUAGCAACAAACUUAGUGGUCAUAUCCCAUCGUAUAUUUCAAACUGUUCCAAGCUUGUCCUAUUAGAUUUUCCCAAUAACUUACUCUCUGGACCAAUACCCAAAAGUCUUGGAAAGCUGAAAUACCUCCGAAUACUUUUUCUGGGUGGCAAUCAGCUAACAGGGGAGUCUCAAGAUAAAGAGUUUAGUUUCCUUUCAUCUUUAUCUAGUUGUAGAUUUUUGGAACGAUUGUCCAUAUCCAACAAUCCCUUGGAUAUUACUCUUCCAUAUUCUAUUGGAAACUUUUCAAGUACCCUUAACACCAUUGUUUUAUCCCAAAGCAAAAUAAAGGGUCACAUUCCUAUGAGUAUAGGUUCCUUAAAAGGCUUGACAUGGCUUGAUCUGGGCAAUAACAAUUUGACUGGAAACAUACCAUCCACAAUUGGGGGAUUGGAGGGGUUACAAAGAUUAUAUCUUGGUGGCAAUAAAAUUGAAGGAUCCAUUCAAGAAGACAUAUGUCAGCUAAAGAACUUAGGCGAGUUAUAUCUCUCAAAUAAUGCAAUCUCUGGAUCCAUACCAAAUUGCAUUUCCAAUCUCAAUCAUUUGCAAAGCCUAUACCUGAGUUCUAACAGGCUAGAAUCACCAAUACCAUUAGAUUUAUGGAGUCUUGAGAAUCUAUUGUUUUUGGACCUGUCAUCGAAUUUCCUCGGUGGAUAUUUGCCUCCAAACAUAAAAGAAUCGAUUGUUAUUGUACACAUCGAUUUAUCUCAAAACCGUAUUACUGGAAAUAUUCCAAGCAUCAUUGGAGCUUUUGAGAGCUUAAAUUAUCUUGAUUUGUCAAGGAACUCAUUUCAAGGAAACAUUCCACAAUCUUUUGGAGACUUAAAAGGAUUGGAUAUCUUAAACGUCUCAUACAAUAAUUUAUCUGGUGUAAUUCCUAAGUCCCUUGAGGCCCUUUCACAUCUCAAGUAUUUGAAUGUGUCUUUCAACGAGCUAUCCGGAGAGAUUCCAUCUACUGGGCCUUUUGAAAACUUCACAGCUAAAUCAUUUUUAGGAAACAAGGCACUUUGUGGGAAUCCAAUUUUUGGAGUCACACCUUGUCAAAACCCAGGCUCCAAAGGAUCAAAGGUGAAACAAAGUCUGCUCAAAUAUUUUCUUCCUGCCAUUGCUUUGGUCAUAAUCUGUCUAGCGUUGGUUUAUAUGCUGAGAAAACAUCGAGAAAGUACAAUGCAGGUUCCAAGUUUAUUUAACACAUUGCCUGUAUUUGAGCAUAGAAUAAUAUCAUAUCAAGAGCUCUGCCAAGGGACAAACAACUUUUGUGAAAGCAACUUGCUUGGAGUUGGAGGUUUUGGUUCUGUAUACAAAGGGAUGCUUUUUGACGGGACAAUUGUUGCAAUUAAAGUUCUAAAUUUACAACUGUCGAGUGCUUUCAAAAGUUUCAAUGCAGAAUGCAAGGUUCUACGAACAAUCCGACAUAGGAAUCUUGUUAAAGUCAUAAGUACUUGCUCUAAUCCCAAGUUCAGAGCUUUAGUACUACAAUACAUGUCGAAUGGUAGCCUUGAAAGAUGGUUAUACUCUUCUAACUACUGCUUGAAUCUUCUUCAAAGAGUAAACAUUAUGGUUGAUGUUGCAUCAGCAUUGGACUAUCUCCACCAUGGUCAAUCAGAAUCUGUGGUACACUGUGAUUUGAAGCCUUCUAAUAUCCUUCUAGAUGAGGACAUGGUUGUACACGUGGGUGACUUUGGCAUUGCAAAGAUUUUGGUAGAAGACAAGGAUGCUACACAAACCAAAACUCUUGGUACAGUUGGCUACAUCGCACCAGAGUAUGGUUUUGAAGGAAAAGUGUCUAUCAAAGGCGAUGUUUAUAGCUAUGGUAUAAUUUUGUUGGAGAUGAUCACGAGAAAGAAACCUACCGACGAUAUCUUUGCAGAACAGUUUACUUUGAGGCAAUGGAUAAAUGCAUCACUUCCUAGCAGAAUGAUGGAAGUUGUUGAUGACGGUUUAUUGAGAAUAGAAAAUGGAAGAAAUGUAACAAUUAUGCAAAGUGUUCUUUCAUCCAUCAUAGAAUUAGGCUUAAGGUGUAGUGAAGAGUUACCAAAUGAAAGGGUCGAUAUCAAAGAUGUGCUUGCAAAGCUUCAAAAUAUCAAACAAACACUUUUUUAAAACAAAAACGGGGGUGUCAGUUAUCUUUGAUCUAGGUGUCAAUUUUGAUUUCUUAAAGUACUUACAAGUCGUAUGUUUUAUGUUUGUAUGACUUUUCAUGUUUACAUAAAUGG